CAUUUCUUUUCUAAAUAAAUAAAAAAAAUGCAUCAGUCCGUAUUUCGACGUCGUGCGUCCCAGACGAUACCGCUCUUAAUCUCAGUCAAAAUGUGCUCUUUUCUGGUGGCGUUGUUGAUAGUAAUGCAUUGGGGAUUUCCCCUCGUAAGCAGUAAUCUAAAUGAUACUUGUGUGACAGAUAGUGGCCGCAGUGGACGAUGCGUGCUGGUUCGAGAUUGCCAGUAUGCUCUGGAUAUUUUGCACGACAAUUAUCUUACGUAUGAAGAAUACAGAUAUAUUGAUAACAAUAUGUGCGGAAAAGUUCCAGGGAAACCUCCGCUACCAUUGAUAUGUUGUCCAUCAAUUCAAAAUGUGGCAAGCUGUGGUGUUUCAGUUGUUCCACGCAUAUUUGGAGGCAACGAAACUAAUGCUGGUAUUUAUCCUUGGGCUGGAGUCAUUCAGUACAUAAAUAAAAGAGGUCAGUUCGAAGUGCAAUGCGGAUGUGCGCUGAUUCAUCGUCGAUGGGUGCUGACAGCAGCACACUGUAUCGUUGGAGUUCCAAGAGGGAUAUUUGUACAUAGCGUGCGGUUCAAUGAAUGGAAUACGAGGAAGAGGGCCAACUGUACCACAAAGGACGAUAUUAAAAUAUGCAGAGCAGUAUAUAAAAUAGAACAACAAUUCGUACAUCCCUCAUAUGUCAUAUAUAGCUCUAACAUGAGACACGACAUUGGUUUACUAAAAACGGCAGAAAAUGUAGAAAUUACUGAUUAUGUGAUUCCAAUAUGUUUGCCGUUCCGUGAAACGCUUCAGGAGCUUCCCAUUGAGGGCGAACUCUUCACAGUUACUGGUUGGGGCCGAACCGAUAAAGACACAUCUGGUUUGCAAAGGCACGUAAGUAUGACCGGGCAGAACAGAAGUAUGUGUGAUGCUGCGUUCAAACCUCAAAGAAUAAAGCUAACGGCUGACCAACUCUGUGUCGGAGGUGAAGAAGGUCAGGACUCGUGUCGUGGUGAUUCCGGAGGACCUUUGAUGUACGAAGAUGGACUGGUCACGUAUGUUCUAGGGAUUGUCAGCUUCGGUUCGUCCGACUGCGGCACAAAAAACCAUCCCGGAGUGUAUACAAAAGUAGUCAACUAUUUGAAUUGGAUAGAAGAUACAAUGAUAGAAAACUCAUGAAAACACAAUAAGUUUAAAAGCUUACAUUUCUUUCUUGAAGAAUCUAUGUAAGUCACGGAUCGACCAAGACCACCACUAAGGUUAACUCAAAUGAUACUAAAUAAUCAUAUAAUCAUA